AUGAGUGCGGUCGACAAUGGUGAGCUCGUCUUCCAUAUCGACAUCUUCAUCCUCGCCGCUAUCGGAUUAUUCGGCGCAUUCGCUUUGCCCCGGAUACUCGGGCGGCUUUCAUGUCGAGAAGACCUGAAGAACGGCUUCGUCUUCCGCUCGGCUCCGCAAACUGAAGACGGCCCUCGUCGUUCCUAUGACUCACAGGCCACAGAGGUCCCAUUCGGCAAUGUUCCAACAAGUCAACCUGGCUGUGGGAAGGCUGCAUCUCCUCCCAGGCACGUACCGGAAUGGACGACAUACGCCCACAGGCUAUCAGUCAUCCUCCGCUAUCCCAUCGCUUCUAAGUUGUCUCUUGGUCAAGCUCUCUUGCUCGUUGCAUACUUCGCAUUGCUCCUCUAUGCCGAGGUCUAUCGCGCCAGUGCGUUCAAGCACCCGAUACGCGCAGGUUUCGUGGCCAUGUCGCAGAUACCGCUGGUGUACGCUCUCGCCACGAAGAAUAACGCCAUCGGUAUCCUAAUUGGACAGGGCUACGAGAAGUUGAACUUCUUCCAUCAAUGGGCUGGGAUCCUCCUGGUGCUCGCAGCCAACGUCCAUGCCAUCGGCUACAUAUACAAGUUUGUAUACGCGGGUAGAUGGGUAAAGGAAGCCCAGACGGCUUACAUCCGGUGGGGCAUAGUCGCACUGGUAUGCCUGGACAUUCUAUUAUUCUUUUCGACUUCCAUCUGGCGGCAUAAGGCGUACAACAUAUUCUUCACCUCGCACGCCAUCGCGUUGAUAGUCUUCCUGAUAGCCGUCCCAUUGCACCAGAAGGAGACUAUCCCGUACGUGGCUGUGGCAGCGGGCCUCUACGCAGGCGACCUACUCCUCCGCGCAGUGAAGAGCCGGAUCACAACAGCAACAUUGUCCAGGAUCCCAGAGCUCGGACUUACCAAGCUAGAAAUACCGCACAUCAAUGCGGGCUGGCGCGCUGGCCAGCACGUGCGGUUACGAAUUCUCUCGCGACAGAUGGGGUGGUUUGGAUGGACAGAGAUGCACCCCUACACGAUCGCGGCUGCGAGCGGUGGGCCUCAAGGACUUGUGGUCUUGGCGAAGAAAUCCGGGAGAUGGAGCAAGAACUUGUAUAAAAUGGCUUGCAGUGACAGUUACGAGAAAGGAGGCCUGAGUGGGGGCCAACGUGUCAAGGUCAUGAUUGAGGGUCCAUAUGGCGGUACCGGACACUGUAUCCCGGCUAGCUUCUCCGGUGCGCUAAUGGUAGGCGGCGGAAGCGGCAUCACUUUCCCACUGGCGAUAGUAGACGACCUCCUGCUACGAGGGGCGGAAGGCCGCAGUCGAGUGCAGACAUUACAUCUCGUCUGGGUAGUCCAAGAUUCAGCCUGCCUAACACCGUUCAUCGCGUUUUUCGCGGCCUUCCUUGCACGCAGCACCUUCAAUUCUUUCCGGGUAUCGAUUUACUACACAGGCAUACGCGCCAAUCUCCCCGAGGCCCCCCCAGACUGCACAUUACCAGAGGGUUUGACACUUACCCCAGCCAGACCUGACUUCGCCAGUAUACUUGACGAAAUCGUCGACCACACGAUUAGUACGCGAUCAGAGGGAAAGAUAGAGAAGGGCGGCGUACUGGUAGGUGUCUGCGGGCCUGUGGCGUUGGGCCAGUCAGUCGUUCGGGUCGUGGGGAAGAUAGAUUCGAAGAGAAGGCGUGAGGUCGGCGGCGUGGAGGUGCAUGAAGAGUGA